AUGAGUGCACAUGGCAGCUUCUGUGAACUUAUUCAUUGGUUUAUUUCUCACAGCUAUACCCCCGGUUCAUGGAUUGAAAAGGUUGCUGGCACAGACUUGAGUGAUUAUGAUGUCCCAAAGACUACAACACUCUUAUUGAUUGGUCCAAAGGGUUCUGGAAAGAGUAGCCUUGUGAACAAAAUUUCUAGGGUGCUUGAGGAUGACGAAUUUGCAACGGAUAGAGCACAAGUAUCAUAUAACGUAUCUACUGGAGAUGGGACCUAUUUCCUCCAGGAGUACUUGAUUCCAAGAGGUUCUGGUUCUUUUUGUCUAUAUGACACUCGAAGUUUGUCAAAUGAUUCUUCGGAAAACCUGAAAAUGAUCAAGCGUUGGAUGACGAAGGGUGUUCAUUGUGGAGAACUUGUCAAAAGAAACUCUGACUGUCCAAAUUUAAAAGGCCAAUUGAAGCACAAGGCACAAAAGAGUAGGCAUGAUCCCUCUAAGGUCAGGAAGAUUAACUUUGUCAUAUUUGUUGUGAAUGGGCUUACCAUAUUAGAAUCAAUGGAUGUUGAUGAUGAGACAGCGAAAUCAUACACUGAUAUGGUAGCUACAACUUUCAACAAUCCGUUAUUGUCAUUCAGAGAUGACAAGCCUGUUAUAGUAGUCACGCAUGGAGAUUUGCUGUCACUUUGUGAUCGUGUGAGAGUGCGUGUCCAUUUGGGAAAGUUGCUGGGUGUUCCUCCAACAAGACAAAUUUUUGACAUCCCAGAAAGCAAUGAUUCAGCCGUUGCAUUGACAGUAGUUGACAUGCUACGCUAUAGCCUUGAGCAUGCAGACAGAAACCUCCCUGGCAAAGUUCAGUUCCUGAGAAAGAUGUAUAAAUCAUCCAUACCAGCAUAUUUACUGCUCCUUUUGGUGCUGGGGAUAGCCAUUGUCCACCAAAUUCAUGGAACCAAUUUUAAGUCUCGUGCAUUGAAGGUUCAUUUGGAUGAAGUAACUGGAUCGAUUCCUAACAAAAUAAAGGGAACUGGGGAGGCCAAUUUUCAUUCUCAUUCAUCGGAGAUUCAUUUGGAUGAAGCAACUGGAUCGAUUCCUAACAAAGGUAAGCAAACUGGGGAAGCCAAUUUUCAUUGUCAUUCAUCGAAGAUUCAUUUGGAUGAAGAAACUGGAUCAGGUCCUAACAAAAGAAUGGAAUCUGGGGGAGCCAAUUUUCAUUCUCAUGCAUCUGAUAUUCAUUUAAAUGAAGCAACUGGAUUGAUUCCUAGCCAAAGAAAGGAAACUACUCCUAACAAAAUAAAUGAAUCUGGGGGUGCCAAUUUUCAUUCUCAUUCAUCCAAUACUCAUUUGGAUGAAACAACUGGAUCUAUUCCUAACGAAAGGAAGGAAACUGUUCCUAACAAAAGAAAAGAAACUCAGAGAGCUGAUGUUUCAUCGAAGAUUCAUUUGGAUUGGCGUGCAACUCGACACUUGUGGUUAGACUCGGAUGAUGAAUAGCCCCUACUUCCAUUUCAUAUCAAAAUCAGAUGAGUUUCAGAUUUAUACUCGGGUAAGUGGAUGACAAGGAUUUAUCUGUUCUUGGUGGCUGUUUGUCUUUCUGCCGUUGAUGUCAACUGUCUAAUGUAAAUAGUGACAGGGAAACUUGCAAGUAUUGUGUAGUUUAAACAAGAAAUGUUCAGAGUGGUUUUAAGGAUCAACUGAUCAAAGGUUCAAAAUGCUGAAUUGUCGUCAACUAUGAUUGGCUCAUGUUUAUAAACGUUUGAUUUACUUUCUGUCCA